AUUGUUGCAGCUGUAUGAAUCUCUCUUUCUUUCUCUUUCUCUACACACGCACACUCAUACAUAUGUAUGUAUGUGUGUGUGUGUGUAUGUAUAAUAAUUUUCUUCUCUUUUUGUAUUCUUUGAUGAAGUACUUUUUGUUUUGCACCGGUUCUGUCGACGCUUGAUGUUUAGGGUUUAUGGCUUAGAGCAGUAACUUCGAAGCAAUUUGGUGUUAAGUUUGUAGAUAAUGUUUUGCGGGUUUUUGUUUGAUCAAACUUGCUUUUUUGAAGUUCAACAGUACUUGAGUACUUGAAGUUCCCACCCAUAAGGUUGCGUGGGAUGGAAGAAAUGAAAGCUGGGAAAGUCUUGUUGCUUCUUCUUUGUUUAAAUGUUGUCUCCACUGCGGUGAAUGCCGCGGCUCCUGAAAUGUGCCCUGCUGAUCUGGGUAGUAAAUGCCAAGAUUCAGAUGAAUGGGAAGGUGAAUUCUUCCCUGGCAUUCCCAAAAUUAAGUAUGAGGGCCCUACUAGUAAGAACCCACUUGCAUUUAAAUGGUAUAAUGCUGGAGAGGAGAUUCUCGGGAAGAAAAUGAAGGAUUGGAUGAGAUUCAGUGUUGCAUUUUGGCACACUUUCCGUGGAACUGGAGGUGACCCAUUUGGUGCACCUACAAAGAUCUGGCCUUGGGAAGAUGGUACCAAUUCAUUGGCUAUGGCCAAGAGGAGAAUGAGAGCUAACUUUGAGUUCAUAAAGAAGCUUGGAGUUGAUUGGUGGUGCUUCCAUGACAGGGAUAUUGCCCCAGAUGGCAAAACUCUAGAGGAAACAAAUGCAAACUUGGAUGAAGUUGUAGCCCUUGCUAAAGAGCUUCAGGGGACCAAGAUCCGUCCACUAUGGGGUACAGCUCAACUAUUUAUGCAUCCUCGCUACAUGCAUGGUGCAGCGACUAGCUCUGAAGUAGGUGUAUAUGCAUAUGCUGCUGCUCAAGUUAAGAAAGCCAUCGAGGUGACCCAUUAUCUAGGUGGAGAAAAUUAUGUUUUCUGGGGUGGUCGGGAGGGAUAUCAGACUCUCUUGAAUACAGAUAUGGAAAGAGAACUUGAUCAUUUGGCAAGGUUUCUUGAAGCUGCUGUUGCAUAUAAGAAGAAGAUUGGAUUCAAUGGUACCCUGCUGAUUGAACCGAAACCUCAAGAACCUACCAAACACCAGUAUGAUUGGGAUGCUGCAACAGCUGCUAAUUUCUUGCGGAAAUAUGGCCUUUUAGGAGAAUUUAAACUCAACAUUGAAUGCAACCAUGCCACACUUUCUGGUCAUAGCUGUCAUCAUGAGCUGGAGACUGCAAGAAUAAAUGGCUUACUGGGAAAUAUUGAUGCAAACACUGGUGACCCUCAGAUUGGAUGGGAUACAGAUCAAUUCCUCACAGAUAUAGGAGAGGCAACCAUGGUUAUGCUCAGCGUUGUCCGAAAUGGUGGAUUAGCCCCUGGAGGAUUCAACUUUGAUGCAAAAUUACGAAGAGAAAGCACAGAUGUUGAGGACUUGUUCAUUGCUCAUAUAAGUGGAAUGGAUACCCUGGCUCGUGGACUCAGAAAUGUCGCUAAGCUGAUCGAAGAUGGCUCUUUGGCUGAGCUUGUUCGCAAGCGAUAUGAGACUUUUGAUACAGAAAUUGGGGCUCAAAUAGAGGCUGGCAAGGCUGAUUUUGAAAUGCUUGAAAAGAAGGCAAUGAAAUGGGGAGAACCUAAAGUUCCUUCUGCUAAACAGGAACUUGCGGAGAUGAUUUUCCAAUCUGCAAUAUAGAGAAUGCAGCAUACGUACAUGUUUACCUUCCCCCCUCCCUCCCCUCCCCUCCCCGGGGAAAUAAUGCAUAGUUGUGAAUACCAAUAACUGGAUCAAGUCAGCAUCGAAGGGUGUUCCAGAGUGGAUCUUAUGUUCCUGGCAAGUGGAUUCACUCAAUGGAAUGGUCUCAUGUGUCGAGAGUAAUGCUGUUUGCCAGCCCCAAAUUUCACGGCGGGAUAAAUUGUUUGCAUCCCCCUAGACCCUAAACCCACGACCUUCGGGAAUAAUUUGUUUUUAUGCGGACAUGCUAGUGUACUGUGGGGGCUUUAAUUUAUUGUGACAAGCUGGUGCUUGAAAUGGAGAAAUUUGAUUUGAAACC